UCUGACUUCCGUAAAUCUUUGGCGGGAGAUGCAAGUAGACAGGAAGCAUACUCGGCUUGUUGUGCAAGCUUGAGUCGGUAGCACAAUAAAAACAAAGCAGACACAUACAAUCCUCUGAUAAUGGAUAAUGAUGCCGUCAUUCCUACACAGGAUUGGAAGAACACUAAGGAGGCGGUUGCGAACUUUCGACAGCUUCUGCUUUGCUCCAAAUGCUCAAAUGUAAUGACGGAGCCUGUGUGUCUAGGAAUUUGCGAGCAUAUGCUGUGCAGGUCCUGUGCGGGCCCCGGGGCCGGAGAUGGCUGCGUGGUGUGUCAGAGUCCUGCUUGGGUGAAGGACAUUCAAAUCAACAGGCAGCUCAGCAGCAUCAUACAGCUCUUCAGCGGGUUGGAGUCCCUGCUCAAUCCCACAGAACAACCAGCAGAGAAGUCUCUAGCUGAGAUCCAAACUCCACCUCAUAGUCCUGUCCUCAAACACAAGAAAAACGUCAAGAUCUGGUUCAGCCCCCGAAGCCGCAAGGUCCGCUGCACCGUGGAGAAGCCUUCAAAGGUCACCGUACCGGAGAGCACGUCUUCUGGAGAAACAGCCGCAGCACAGCCAGACGCCCUUACUGCUCCACCUCAGGACUUGUCAGUUUUCAAUUUCACCUCGUCCUCCCAAGACUCAGGCUCUUCCUCUCCUGAACGAAGCAAAAAUGAAAAAGGGAAGAAGAGAACUAAGCUAAAUGCUUCGAGCAGGGAGGUGAUGAAGCGUGGGCCCAUUAGGGCCCCACGGAUACAAAGCAGGCAGCAGAUGAAGAAGAACAGGCUGGAGGCUAUAAACCAGAAAUGGGGGAUUACCGAGGAGAUGGAUGCUUUAGAGGAAAAGGAGCUGUCCUGCGAUGAAGGGCCAAGAAAGUCCAGCAAAAGAGUUACCUUCCUAAGCCCUGUUGACAUGUCUGACGAGACUCUGACUGAAGUGCCACAGGGAAGCACUAAUGAACUCGGCACCACGAGGGAGAGUCUCUCAGGAGGCAGCAGCCCUGUACUGAAUGACCAAACACCGCCUGACACUCAGAUUCUUGAAAAACUUCCUGACAAAUCUCCCCUAAAGCAUUCACCAAAGAGAUCCAGACUGGAGGAGGAGGGUGCCACUUUGGAGACCACACCAAAACGGCCAAGGGCUUCCCCAGGCAAGCGGGGGAGAUCCCAGAUGUCUCCAGCUGUCCUGAGCCCUUUUUCGACUAGCCCCAAAGGUGAUAAAAGUGUCAAAAACUCAAGAAAAGAGAAAGGAGCCAGCCCGAUUGUCCCAUCCCCAGCUGGAAGAAGGUCUCCCCGUUCUCCCAGUGCAUCUGUUGGACGGCCCCCCUCGGGGAUCCCUGCGGUCAUGAAGAGGAACCACAAGGGAGAAUCUCCGCUCCAUCUAGCUGCUAUAAAGGGCGACGUGGAGGCUGUCAAGGAACUCCUGGAGCAGGGCGCUGACCCCAACCUGAAGGAUAAUGCUGGGUGGACCCCUCUGCAUGAGGCGUGUAACCUGGGUCACCUGCCGGUUGUGGAGGUGUUGGUCUCAGGGGGGGCCCUGUUGAAUACUCCCGGCUACAAAAAUGACUCUCCACUCCACGAUGCUGUGAGGAACCGACGCCCAGCCAUCGCCAAACUGCUGCUGCAGCAAGGAGCCUCGCAGAACGUACUUAAUCAGUGUGGAAAGCGGCCUGCAGAUUACGCAGCGAGUCCAGAGAUGCUGGAGAUUUUCCAGGAAGCCUCAGAAGGGAUCCAAUGUGCAAACACAUCUCUCAGCCCCUCUGCUCUCUCUAUGGUGAGCGACUGUGUGCGGAGGGAUGAAAUGGCCGUGUUUCUGACCACUAAGCUGUCACAGGCAGAACAGCUCCAAGUGGCCAAACUGGGAGAGCUACUGGAAGGGAGGAUGGCCGACACCUUCUCUGGCUCAGUGAGCCAUGUCGUGGUGCCAGAAGGACACAUGCCCACCACCAGCUCUACCCUCAUGGGUCUUCUUGCUGGCUGCUGGGUUGUCAAAUUCAGCUGGGUGGAGGCAUGUCUGCAGGCAGGCGAGUGGAUGCCCGAAAAUGAGCACGAAGCGGGAGAAGGCCCACAGCGAAGUCGCAUCAACAGAUGCAGCUUGCUCCCACCGCUCUUCGACGGCUGUUUCUUCUUCCUCCUUGGCUCGUUCAAGGCGCCGUCCAAAGACGUGCUCACCAAGCUGCUCAGGGAGGGGGGGGGUCAGCUCCUGAUCCGGCAGCCUAAGCCCGACAGCGACGUGACGCAGACCCUGAGCGCUGCGGCCUACCACGCUCUGCCGGGCUCCGACCAGGCCCUCUGCACCCAGUACAUCAUCUUUGACCGCCAGGGCCCCCACAAGCCACCAGUGGUGAGGAGGGGCAAGGUGUGGUCCGCUCCCUCCAACUGGAUCAUCGACUGCAUCGCUGCCUUCCGACUCCUCCCCGUGUCUGACUCUCAAACAUCGGUUUAAACAGGUUUUCAUAUAUUCAAUAACAAUGUAGCACUUUUAUGACGUGUCCUUAAGCAUGGUCAUCAUGUUCUCUCUUAGUUUUUUUGAUAUGCAAUGAUUAAGUUGACAGUUAUCACCAAAACAAUAAAGUUGCUUAAAAUAAAAAAAGUGCCUAUGUGCCCAAUUUGCUGUUUAUUCAUUUUUCGCGGGAGAAAUAUGUCUCCUACAUAUGAUGCACACUAUAUACAAGUGCUUAUACUCUGCUGUUUUUACAUGCCUGGAAAAAGAACCUUCACCUGGAAGCUUGCAGUACCAAUCCCUAUCAGAUGCCCUGAAACACCUUAACUGACUUCCUGCAUCGUGAAGAAGCAGAAACAUUACAUCGGAUCAAUCCAGAUGUUCAGACUCCUCGCUCUUUCUAAAGGUGAGCACAGCCGCACUGUGAAGGAAACUCACUUCAGCUGCUUGUGUCCUCACUCUGAUUCCUCAGGUUAUUACCCCGAGCUCUUGGCCAUAGAUGAAGUAGAUCUACUGGUAAAUUGCUCCCUCUUCACCACCACACCAACAAUUCCUGCAUCGCUGUUGGUCCUUCUCCACUAUCACUUGCACAUGUAUGCAGUUUUAUCUGUUGUGUGUGUGUGUGUCGCACUCAAAUCAAUGUCUAGCCUGCCGCUGUAUUUACUGUGUGGUUUUAGAGUGUGAUUGCAUUCCAUAAUCUGCACUAGUUUACCACACAAGGAUAAAUAUCUAAUUGAUAAUGCGUGUUUGAUACAAAUGCAGUGAG